AUGACUCAACCCAUGCCAAAGGAACAACCGCCAUUAUAUGAGCUUAACCAAUUCGCACCCCAACCUCUCAACCCCUCACCUGCUCCUUCGGGACGCCGACCCACACAUGACAAUCUCAGUCCCCAGCGAGCCCGACAUCUCGAGCGUAACCGAAUCGCCGCAAAUAAAUGUCGACAAAAGAAAAAAGCACAACACCAAGAAAUCGAGAAAGUACUAAGUAAUGAGACCGCGAAACAUGAACACCUUCUGUCCGUGGUGCAUAGUCUCCGAGACGAGGUCUGGCGAUUGAAAAAUACAAUAUUCGACCACGCAAGAUGCGACGACCCCAAAAUCAACCUCCAGCUUGCUAUAAUCACCGAACAAGCCGCUCAAAAUAAUCUCGCUCCCUUCCAAUGCCCAUCACCUACAUUCUCUGUUAGUACGUUCUCCGAAAAUUCGAGUGAGAGGGAACCCAGCGCGCAUGAAGCUAUUCCGGCUACCAUGGCAGCAAAAACGAGUUAUGACGAAUACCCCGACACGAUUUUCGAGACCUUUAUUGAGGUGGACUAG